AUGGCAGGGUAUAGAACAAGACCCAGUGGGCAGCCCCAAUCCAGUAAAUUGAGCCAGUUUAAAUUGGUUUUCCUGGGGGAGACAUCAGUGGGGAAGUCCAGCCUGCUGCUACAGUUUGUCAAAGCCCAGUACCGGGACUUCAGGGAGAGCACCAUUGGGGCUGCCUUUCUGACUCAGAUGGUGAGUGUGGACAGUGCCAUGGGGAAUUUGAGAUCUGGGACGGCUGGUCAGGAGCUCUACCACAGCCUAGCACCUACGUGCUACAGAGGAGCCCAGGCAGCCAUAGUGGUCUAUGACAUCACCAGCACAGAGACCUUUGUAUUAGCCAAAACCUGGGUGAGCGAGCUCCAGAAACUUGUGGACAAGAAACUGCCCAAGAGUGAGCCAUUGGGUGGAGUAGCAGGUAGUGCUCAGGUUCGAGGAGAACCGCCAGUAGAUCUCAGGCAGCCUACCCAGACAACUCCAGCCCAGUGCUGUGGAAACAGAGGAGAGAAGGGGGAGAAGAGGAGAAGCAAACAGAGUGUACAAGGGUACCAAAUGAAGGUGUUUCACAGCAAGCUCACAACUGAGGGAGCAGGGAAGGCUAAAGAGAUUUUCCAGGGAAAAAAGAGGGAGUUAAAGGAAUUAUAA